AUGUCCUUACCACCUGUCAACCCCGAAAGGACCGCUUCUGGGAUUAUAGUCGAUCCGAGGACUUUGGAGAGGGUGAUUCCUCAAUCUAGGCGGAAAGAUGGGACAGUUCGUAAAGAACAGAAAGUGCGACCUGGUUUCACGCCUCAAGAGGAUGUCGGACGAUUCCGAUCUACCCGUCAGGCAGCUGAAGACGCCCGAACGGCCUCUCGACCUACCAUCCCUGGAUCCGACCGUCUAGGUUCCCAGGCGAACAAAGGUGGAAAGGAGGAGAAUGUAUUUGCUGGUGAACCUAGAGAAAAGACUAAAGCUCAAUUGAAGAAUGAAAAGAGGAGGGAAAAAAGGAGAGAGAAAGUAUCGGUAAAUUGGGAUGAAGAUGAAGAUGAGGAUGAAGAAGUUGGUAAAUUAGAUGAAGAAUUUAAAAAAGUUGAUAUUGCCAGACAAACUCAACAAGGCAAUGAACAAGGAGCGGAACAGAGUUUCCCACCUUUAGAAGGAGGUGGUGGAGUACCUGAAGAAAGUAUAUUGGACAAUAUCAAAUCCAACGAGGAUGAAGAGAAAAGUGAUGGGAAAACAGCUGCUAUCGAACCCUCUCCACCUGCUCCAUCGGGAUCUCAACCUGAAACCGCGUCGGAACAGAAAACCACUAGUAUCACUACGGAUAAACCUUCUUUACUAAAUGAUAGGAAGAAUGAAGUCCAACAAGCUCAAAAACCCCAUCCUAUUCAAGGAGGUAGGAAAGGACCUAUUGGAUUGGCCAAUCCACCUCCAAUAGAAGAGAAAAGUCAGGCACCACCAUCGCGAGCGGAUCAGAAUGAUUGGAGGACCCAAACUCGUAAGAAAUCGAGUAGUAAUAAUAGUAAUAGAGGUGGGAAGCAGAACCAAGGUAAUAGUAGACAACAGCAAAAUUCGAAUAAGUCGUCUCAGCCUGCACCUGCUGCGCCACCACCUCAACCUAGAGAAAGAAAGGAAUACAAAGUGCGGGAAGGGGGAGCGAACGAUCUGUCGUCUUUAGCAAGUAGGGUGAAGAACCUCGUCGUGGCUAAUACGGUGGGGAACGCUUCGAGGGAUAGUAAGGAGAAGAAAGAGGAGAGUAAAGCUUCGGCUUCGGCUUAG